AUGACGGAAGUAGGAGUGCGGCGUAGUAGUCUGUCGACAAUGGCCUUUACUUCAGUUUUAUUAUUUAUCUUUUCGAUUUAUAGCUGUUAUGCUCAAGUGCCUCUGCUCAUGUGGACCAGUAAUGGCUACAGUAUGCCACAUCUGGCUCAACCAGCAGCUGGUCAGGCUGUGUCUGGUGGGCAGCUGGUGUCUUAUCUGAAAUCUGCCUUGUCCACUGCUCCUCACAAUGUGCUGCUCUUCUUACAGGAUCAGCUAAGUAUAGAUGACUUCACCAUGUACGGCGGAGUUUUUGGGAACAAACAAGACAGUGUCUUUUUAAAUGUAGAGUCAGCACUUCAGACAUCCUCUAGUCCUCUGAUGCUGCCAGCAUUGGACUGGUCUGCAUCGGAUUCAGUCCUGGAACUAUUCCUGGGAGAGCUGGGUAUCCUAGCAGUCCACAUCAACCCAAGCAUCCUAAAGGAAAUCAAGCCGAAUACCGCACAGCCUUCACUGCUGGCUGUCCAUCUCCCUUACACUGCUGGGGCUCAAUCAAAGGAAUUGCUUUUGAAAAAUGAUGAGAUCAUUGGAAAGGUCCUUGAUCUGUUCAAGUCUCAGGACGUGCCUUACACCGCUGUAUACACUGGCCUCAAGCCCUCCAGAGUCAUUGAGGAUACCCCAGUAAUGUCAGGAAAUUUUAUGGCCAGAUCACUACUUCAGGCACCAUCAUCGCCGUCUGUGAAACCUCCAGUUGUCUUCAACAACACAGUGGGGCAACCCUGCAUCUUGCUAUGGGCUGACACUCUCCUCGCUAGCUUCCAAGGAAAUGAAAUAGAUUUGGGAAAAGACAUUUUUAAUGGUUCUUCUGCAGCUCCUGACCUGACUGGUUCAGUUUGCAAUGAAACACUGUCAAGACUCGUCCUGAAUUACCAAAGUGUUCUGAGUUUCCAAUCCUUCAAGCUUAUCUUUGCUAUGCGCAAGAUCUUCUUUCCUGUGUCUGCUCGCAACUGGACGGUCAUGGAGCAGGUGGUGCUGGAGUAUGACGGACAGAGGGCGAUCUUUAACGCCAGUGGUGGUGUCUACGCUCCUGCAGAGUAUUCUUUCCAUUGCCAGAACGUAAGCAGUGUUCAGAGCCCCCUGCUGGUGCCUCGCAAUGCUACGGACAACGCCACCCAAUGGAAGCUGACCUUCACUGAUUUUCAGAUACAAGGUUUCAACGUUACAGGUGAAAUGUUCUCGUAUGCCAGCGAUUGUGCAGGGUUCUUCACUCCGGGGAUUUGGAUGGGCCUGCUGACCUCUCUGCUCAUGGUGCUCAUUCUUACCUACGGCCUGCACAUGAUCAUGCAGAUUCACACCAUGGACCGCUUUGAUGAUCCAAAAGGCCCAGCGAUUUCAGUGCCUUUGAGUGAGUGAGCUGUGAUGUUGUCGAACUGGAAAAAUAUCAGAAAUUUCUGGUUCUAGCAUGAUUAUUUAAAUUGUUAUGUUUAUUCAAAGGCAAAAAUGUGUCUUGUAGAAAGUGCUGAAAUUAUUUUUACAUCUCCUUUACUUAAUAAACUGAUAAUAAUUUACAAUAAGUUUCAAUACGUUCACCAAGAGUUUUUUGCAAUUGCUAACAUGAAAUUACAUUGAGCGUUUAAAAAAAACAAAAUCAUUGUUCAUUUCUAAUUUUAUAUAUAUAUAUAUAUAUAUAUAAAACUUUUCAAGUUGUAUAAAUUGACAUUUAUUUAUAUAAAAGUGAUCAAGAUUGCUAAAUGCUGUAAAAUUUUUCCUUUUAAUUAUUACUUAAUAAAUGUAACUUUUGUAAAGUCUUACCAAGGUUUCACAUACAUAUUUCAGUACACAUACAGUGAAUGUUCUGUCUAAUGUUAAACUAGUUUUCCAUUAGACAGAGAAACUGUUUUCCAACUGUUAUCUUUAGGACUACUGUUUUUUUUAUCUCAUCUUUUAAAACUGGUGUUUUAUUUCUCACAUUGUAUUAGAUUUGUAUGUAUGUAGUUGUACAUUUAAGAUUUGCCAAUAUUGAAUUAUGCCAAAUAUGCAAAAUUAACCCCCUCAGACCUGAA